GGGUAAUUCAGUACUCUGCCUGCCUGCUUUUGUCUCGUCCUGGUUAUACACAGAUCCAGGACCAAAAUACGUUAAUAUUUGUGGACCUUGGUGUUUAAGUCAACUGUACAAAUGUCAAAGAAGAAAGGAUUGAGUUUGGAGGAGAAGAGAACACGCAUGUUGGAGAUAUUCUUUGAAUCAAAAGAUGUGUUUCAGCUGAAGGAUAUUGAGAAAAUCGCCCCGAAGGCAAAAGGCAUAACUCCUAUGUCAGUGAAGGAAGUGCUUCAGAGCCUGGUGGAUGACAACAUGGUGGACUGUGAACGAGUGGGGACGUCCAACUACUACUGGGCCUUCCCCAGUAAAGCCUUUAACACCCGCAAACACAAACUGGAGGAAUUGAAGAAACAGGUUUCUGAAGCAAAGCAACGGAAAAUUUCUCUACAAAAAUCUGUAGAAAAUGCAAAAGUCGGACGUCAAGAUACAACUGAGAGGAGUUCUCUGCUGAAGGAGCUUCAGACUCUGAGACAAGAGAAGACUCAGCUGCAGUCAGAGCUGGAGAAGUACAGGGAAUGUGACCCAGAGGUUGUUGAAGAGAUGAAAAAAUCCAACGUAAUAGCGAAGGAAGCUGUUUCCAGGUGGACAGAUAAUAUAUUUGCCAUCAAGUCGUGGACAAAGAAGAAGUUUGCCUUUGAUGACAGCCGCAUUAACAAAGCCUUCGGGAUCCCUGAGGACUUCGACUACAUGGACUGAGUCCCUGAUGGGCCAGCUAGUGUAACUACUUAACACAUUCUGCACAUUAAAGUGAAAAUGGGGUUCAUGUGGGCAGCAUGCGGGAGGUCGUCUGUAAAUAAGGACAGAUAUGAGUCAUGUUGCUGCAGCAGAUGGAUGUAAUGAGCAGAUUGAAACUGGACCAACCAUGAGUCAGUGUUGGGGAGGCUGGGGGAGGGGGGGGUGAUUAACACAACUCUGCAGCUUGACUUUUGGGACACCUGUUGCCACGAAAACUGAGAGCCCCGAGUUGAUGAUAGAAUGGAAUCAACACCUAACACAUCUAUGCAGCCAGUUAUCUGAUUUACAUGGUUGGAAUCAAAUGCUUCUGGACUUUUUUAUUUUUUUAUUUUAUUCUGUUGUUUUGUUUUGGGCCAAAAAUAUAAAUGUGAGAAACGUCUAGUGCUUUUAGUUCACAUGUGGCCCGAUGUAAAUUCCAGAGGUUAAAUUUGAGUUUCUUACUUUCACCAGCAUUAGACUGUACUCUUUUUCAACAAAUCCCUGUAAGUUGUGCUUAGUUAUUUCUUCUAAAAUGUGAUAUGCUGCAUCCAAAUGCAAUCACACUAAGCUUUCUAUCUUUUGUGUUUUUAUAAUGUUACAAAAUCAGCCACAAAGGCGAGUCGUUUCUUGAGCACUACAUGUUCACUUUCAGUAAAAAAAACAAAAAACGCUGUUGUCAUGACAUGUUCAGAGUGACUAUUGCUCUUCUUUUUUUCUCCUUUUUUUCUCCUUUUUUUCUGUCAAACCAGAUGCAAAACAGGUAGUUGUGUGUUUUACUCAGUGACCUAGGUGAUGAGGCCUGUGUGUCUGGGUUUGUUGAUUUGGAUUUCAAAUGGUCUCCAUGGCAGUCUUGUAUUAUUACUCAUUGGUUUAUUUCCAGUAGGUUGAUAUCCAAACAGAAUGUUAGUUCUCUUUUCAUUUAUGUUAUGUCAACUUAUUGUACCUGUGAGCCUAAUUGCCUUUAAAAGAUAUAUUUUAAUGUGAAAACUGACAAAAAAGACUGCAGGUAAGCGAAUAAAAGUUCUGCAAAAACAGUUUCAUAUUGGUUAUUCCUUCUGUACAUAAUGGGAUCUACACAUGCAUAUAUUUGUGUUUUUGCAAUAGUUCCUCCUUACUUUAAGUUGACUUGUGAGUGUAGCAACAGUGAUCUUGCACAAAAAAUUGUCAACGCCCAGAUGCAGUUUUGCGGUGGAACAGACACACCCACUGAGGAGUAACCUGAGUGUGUGUUUUCAUGCGUGUACCUGCCCAACCUGUCUUAACUAUGAGGCUGACACAAUGUUAAAACUCCACACAUAGUUACAACUUAUAGUCACUAAUAAUGACAGCAUCUCCGGUUAACAGUAUGACAUUAACC